UCUGGCAUCGGUGGUGGUACAGGUGGUGAUGGUGGUGGCGGAGGUGGAGGAGGAGGAGGAGCGGGAGCAGGAUUCGCCGCGACGCAUGACGGCGCGCAAGCAGGCUUACAUGCUUCCGCGCAGGUGAUCUGGGGGUAA